UAAUUUCAGUCGUAUUCGAGCUUUCGAGCUGAACUUUUUUCUGUCUUGUGUGAGUGACUAGUAAACAACCUCAGACAACAUGUGUGACGACGAUGUUGCGGCUCUCGUUGUUGACAACGGCUCCGGUAUGUGCAAAGCUGGUUUCGCCGGCGAUGACGCACCCCGUGCCGUCUUCCCAUCAAUCGUGGGUCGCCCCAGGCAUCAGGGAGUCAUGGUCGGUAUGGGACAAAAGGAUUCAUACGUAGGAGAUGAAGCCCAAAGCAAAAGAGGUAUCCUCACUUUGAAAUAUCCCAUUGAACACGGUAUCAUCACCAACUGGGAUGAUAUGGAAAAAAUCUGGCAUCACACCUUUUACAAUGAACUCCGUGUUGCCCCAGAAGAGCACCCAGUCCUCUUGACUGAAGCCCCAUUGAACCCCAAGGCUAACAGAGAAAAGAUGACCCAAAUCAUGUUUGAAACCUUUAACACCCCUGCUAUGUACGUAGCAAUCCAAGCCGUACUCUCCUUGUACGCUUCCGGUCGUACCACCGGUAUCGUCUUGGACUCUGGCGAUGGUGUAACCCACACCGUCCCAAUUUAUGAAGGUUAUGCUCUUCCCCACGCCAUCCUUCGUUUGGACUUGGCCGGUCGUGACUUGACCGACUACCUCAUGAAGAUCUUGACUGAAAGAGGUUACUCAUUCACCACCACCGCUGAAAGGGAAAUCGUCCGUGACAUCAAGGAAAAACUUUGCUAUGUCGCCCUCGACUUCGAACAGGAAAUGGCCACUGCCGCCGCCUCCACUUCCCUCGAAAAAAGCUACGAAUUGCCCGAUGGUCAGGUCAUCACCAUCGGUAACGAGAGAUUCCGUUGCCCAGAAGCCCUCUUCCAACCUUCCUUCUUGGGUAUGGAAUCUUGUGGUAUCCACGAAACCGUAUACAACUCGAUCAUGAAGUGCGAUGUUGACAUCAGGAAAGACUUGUACGCCAACACUGUGCUUUCCGGAGGUACCACCAUGUACCCUGGUAUCGCCGACAGGAUGCAAAAAGAAAUCACCGCUCUUGCCCCAAGCACCAUCAAGAUCAAGAUCAUCGCUCCCCCAGAAAGGAAAUACUCCGUAUGGAUCGGUGGAUCCAUCUUGGCUUCCCUCUCUACCUUCCAACAGAUGUGGAUCUCCAAGCAAGAAUACGACGAAUCUGGCCCUGGAAUCGUUCACCGCAAGUGCUUCUAAGCAAUGUAGUUUUAAGGUGAUUUUUUCAGACGGUUUUUAUUCUGUAUUAACAUCUAGAGUUCCAAUGCUAAAAUGUGACCGUGGUUGUACUGCCAAACAGACAAUAUUUUACAAAAACACCCUGUAUAUAUUUAACACCCUGAAUGUUAUGAUAAAUUUACUUUAUUGUAUAUUUUUAUUACCUAAAUUAGUAAUAUACCUGCCUUUCUUUUAGGAUA